UUUGGAUUCAAGAAUAUGGAGACGUUUCAUGCUUCAGCUUCAAACACCAAAACGAAAAGAAAAAUUACAGAGAAAAAUAGAAGAGAUCAGAUGAAGAAUCUCUGUAAUAAGCUUUACCGUCUUCUUCCAAGUGACAUCUCCAAGGGAUUGUGCCCACAGCCUGAUAAAAUAGAAGAUGCGAUAUAUCACAUCAAAAGCAUGGAGAAGAAGCUGGAGGAUUAUCAGGAGAUAAAGAAGAAGUUGCUGCAUGGCAAAAGACCAUGUUCAUCUGCUUCAAGUGAAUCUAACAACAGCUCAACGUUAACUGAUGUUGAAGUUCAAGACAUAGGACCUGAUGCGAAUAUGAUUUUGAUAAGUGGGCUGGAAGAACAAGCUUCGUUUUAUGGCAUUAUUCGCCGGCUUCAUGCAGAAGGAUUUGAGGUUGUGACUGCUAACUUUUCCAACACCGGUACCUCGACGCUUCAAGUUGUUCAUGAGAAGGUCAGUAGUCAGGUUGGAGCAUCAACAUCUGGCAGUGAAACUACAGCAGUUUCCAAGAGGUUAAAAGAACUGAUCUAUGGCUAUCCACAGGGCGAAGUUGAAUCGAAACUGGACUUGUUGGACUUUGAAAUUGUACCUGAUCUGUUAACUUCUGACUUCUUUGGACCUUUUGCAACAGAAAAAUUUUGUUUUCUGCAGCAAUAUUGAUUCAUUGGAGUUGCUUCAGGGAGAUUUUACCAUUAGAAAUUAUGGAGUGAUGCUUCAGUUUCAAUAACGGAGUCUCAGAUUAUAUAUUUACACCUUACCUCUAUGUAUUGUAAACAGCAAAUGAAGGACCGAUUGAGGAAUACAUUGCAAUCUCAAAAGCUUUUGUCUUGUAGAUAAAAUGGAUGCAUUUGAUUUUG